AUGGGUCUAGAGGACUUUGUCGAGGAAGUCGCCGACGCUGUUGAUGGGCAGGAUGCCGCUGAGCAAGCAUCAGCCGAUAAGACGGGCGAUGACGCCAAUGAGGAUGUUGUUGUUGACAGUAUCGUCGAUGAAGUAGCAGAGAAAGAAGACAUCCCGGCAGCUCUCCUUCCUGAGAUCAAUGAUGCCGUUAAUGAUGAAUUCAACAAGCUCUGA